CUUGCAAGCGGCGAGCCGCUCGCUCUUCCGAAACCAUCUAUACUGUCCAGCGGCCAACAGAGAACACAAAACGACUACUAGUAACAGCAGCCAGGCUCCACCAACUGCUGUGGCGAUCUACAAGAAAGCUGAGUGUGAGAACCGUUUCGGUCGUGUUUUAUCUGUUGUGCGCAUCUGUGGUGAUCGUUGCAGUGUUCGAUCCGAUGCCAUAGUCAGUUCUGUUACUGGAGUGGUGGUAAAACAAGGUUAUUGUUCUGGUACGAUACAAUGAAGGCAAACCUUCCUCCCGGCGUUAUUUAGCAGUUUGUGCGCCUGUUUCUCGUAGCGAUGAGGUACAGACUACAGGCGAAGGAAGAAACCGGUCUAGGUUCACUGAGGAAUGAGAUUUCGUCGUGAGCAAGAGUCCGACUGUGCAAAGGUGCUACAACUGGAGUCAUCGAGGUGAAUUUUCGUUGUGCCAUGAUAGAGAUGCUAUUCUGCUGUACCGUGGAGUAGAGGGUGAACACUAAGCUAUUGCCUCUGUUUCAUACGCCUUAAAUCAUCGUGCUCCCAGUGAUAAUUUGCCAUUGACCGAAAGCAGACAAUAACGCUAAUCGGCCGAUCGUCUGUUACAUUUGUGUGCGGAUACAUUUUGUUGAUAUGUUAGUGUGUGUGCUCCAACUUCUUUUUUCAGCUUCUACACCUGGAUACAUCACACAUACAUUGUCACCGUUGUAUACGAACAAUAAGGAUAUUGCUUAAGGAUUAUUUAACGUGGACACAUUUGGUGUUUGCGUUUCUGUUAAAUACGCAAUCAUGAUAGCUGCGGUUACUUUGCGAUGACAUCAAAGGACCGCCAAGUGUCCUCUCUACUCUCGAGACAUAAUGAAGCUCCGUUGGCCACCCUUCAAUGUGAUUUCAACACACGUUCUUGGACUUCUCAUAGGGUGUCUUUUGCCAGUUGCUGAUGCUAUUGGAGUCGAGUGCGAGUGCGUGACUUUCGACUCAACUUUCGGCAAAGAGCAUGGCGUGUUCACGUCACCCGACUGGCCGACUCCAUACGACGAGAACAUCGAGUGCGUACUCUACCGUUUUGUCGGAAGCGAACAACAGAUUGUGCGCGUAUACUUUGAGGAGUUUGACCUACAGAAAACGAACAUGGACUGCAUCUUUGGAGAUUACGUCAAGCUCUUUCUGCAUCUCGGCGAUGAGGCGGCCGUUAACGAGGUCACACCAUUCAACUCGGUUCUCUGUGGGAAACUCAGUGACAUCGAGCAAACGCAUUAUUCAUCGGGCCGCGCGCUCAUAUUCGAAUUUCAUUCGGACUUUCGACGCAGCAACAGCACCGGCUUCCGAGGCACCUUUCAAUUUCUUAAUAAGGAUCAGUUCAUGACGGAGGGAGCAUUGAUCGAGGACACAGCCUGCGACUUUGUGAUGGAGUCCAUCAACCGGACAGAAGGCCGAUUUUUCUCCCCGCAGUACCCGUCCAACUAUCCACGGGAGAGUCGAUGUUCAUACCAAUUUCUUGGUAGGGAAACGGAAAGAGUCAAGCUCAUGUUUGGUCAAAUUCGUUUACAAAAAGGCGACUACAGUUGCUACAAUGCGCCUGACAAAAUCACCGUGCGCGAUGGUCGUGAUAUGUCGGCACCGGUGAUCGGCACGCUCUGCAAUCGAAAUAUGUGGGUCGAGCUCGUAUCUACGGGUCCCGACCUUUUGGUCAUUUUUACGGCAUCAUCACACUUCCCCGGCCGAGGAUUCUUUGGAAACUUCUCGUUCGUCGAAAUUUUACCGCCACCACCGAUUUCUGCGUCGAUUGAUCAGAACAUGUAUCCUGCCUAUCAUCCUGACAAAGUCUCGUGGGACAUCUUCGGAUCAUUCCCUCAGCACGGAACGCAUGCCAAUGGCAGCUGUGACAUGGUGAUUUCAUCGAAUAUGUCCAAGAACGGAACAAUUACGUCACCUAAUUACCCAAACACGUACCCUGGAAAUAUCAAAUGCACAUACCACUUCCAGGGUGAGGGGAAAGAACGCGUACAAAUCAAGUUCACCGACUUCGAUCUCUAUAAAUCGACAGACGACUCGCGAGAUUGUGAAAACGUGGACUCCGUGGUCGUAUUUAUAACAAUAAAAGGCCAACGCGAGCGGGUGGAUAAUUUUUGCGGUAAUACGCUGCCCGUACAAAUCAUGAGCAACGAACAUCGGAUGACAGUUAUAUUCCAAAGUCACGCUACUGCCAGUCAACCUGUCAAGGGAUUCCGCGCCAUCUAUCAGUUCGUCACCAAUUUCGGGAUUCCCUCGGGCCGUCAAGACCCGCAAGGCGUCUGCACGUUUAUCUAUAACAGUAGCGAAGUUUCUAAUGGGACGUUUACAACGCCAAAUUAUCCCGGGGUCUAUCCUAGAGAUACUGAGUGCCACUAUCUGUUUUAUGGAAAAGACAAAGAAAAGAUUCAUAUUCAGUUCGCCUACUUUGACGUGGAGGGAGUGCCGCCGUGUACCUCGGACACCGCGUCUGAUUAUGUUGAGUUUUCCAACUUCAAAACUGUUGACCGCAAAAUUCCUCGCCAUUGCGGUAACAUGAAGCCGAACAAGAUCGAAUCUGACUCGGACUUCUUCCGAGUUGCCUUUCGUUCGAACGACAAGUUCGACGGUACCGGCUUUGAGGCUUUUUACCAAUUUCGGGGCGUCCAUGAAAGCGGAAGAAUUCGUCAUGUUCAUAAUGUUAGUUGUAUACCAUCCUUGAGAAAAUAUCAUGCUCAUGUGACUUUGCCCAGUGACUCUACCACUUCGCUCCGCCGAAACGACCGACCGCAAGCCCCCAGCUUGCUUUCUGCUUUUUUGCACGUUUUGUUCUCGUAUAAUAUGAAAUUAUACUGUCGCCGAGACAAUCACAGCUACAGUUGUCGCCAUCGCCCACGGAACCAUUACCGCCCGUUAUGCUUUUGCGGUUCACCGAUACGUGUCGAAUAUUUAUGAUGGAACUUACCUUCUCUCUGCGGCCGUCGAAUGGAUGUACAGUUAUCAAAGAUGCAUCACAGAGAGGUAACAGAAGCAGCUAAAACGAUAACGCUACAAAAAUAAGCACAGCAGAUAGUAUGGAAAGCAUCCGGGAACAGGCGAGGCCUAGCAUAAGAUAACGUACGGCCGCGAAAUGCCGCAUCGACGCGUAAGGCCAACGGUAAUAUUUUCAAUUCAAGCCAGUAGUAUAUCGCGUUUAGUCACUCUUAUAAGAUCUAAUCCAGAUCAGCUAUAGGAAAAUCUAAGCAGGAUAGCAUGAUUGUCCAUAUAAAUGGCCUCUGGCGUAAGUUCCAGCGAGACGCUGUUUCCCAGCAGUUCAUAUCGCAAACGUUGCUUUAUUUACUUAUCCACGUGUGCCUAGCGUAUAUACGAAUACGGUAAACCCAAAGUAGCUACACUUAUUUUUAGUUAAAUAAGAGAAAUAUAACGAGGUGCUAUCUGUGCGUGCCAGUAUAACACAUCCAAUUCAGUAACAAUGUUGGUCCAACAUCAAUUGUCCACACUGUAAUAAAUUACUGCACUUUUUGGGGGGUUUUGUAUGUUUUAGUGGAAACGCGAAUCUACAUCUCUAGGAUUUUAAUUGCAAGCAGAUUUAUAAAAGACAUGACAUUUCCCCGAAUGCUUAGUUAAGAAAUAUCAGGUGUUCUUAAUCUUAAUAAUAAUUCUACUGAUCUAUCUUUUAAUAAUACACAUUAUGUUUGUGUCGGAACAUUAUUCAGGACAUAUUAUAGGGCUUAAGCCCUGCCAGGUUUAAUUCAUAAUUUUUUCGCCAUAACUUUUUGAGGCUCAUCCAUACGUCGCCUGCGCCAACGAUAGAGACAAGCAGGCUCUUUUUUUUGUCAUUUCCUCAAUGCACCGAUAAAUCUGCUACCAAUUUCAUCUGAUGAUUGAUAUCUUGUGCUUGAACAGUCCGAUAGAAGUUAUGAAUCACCGAAGACCCGCUCGCAUUCAUAGCUAAUUCGAACCUUAUUUCAUAAGAUAAGAUCUAAGUAACUUAAUAAUUAUGUUAAUUAUACAAAAAUCCAUCAAGUAAUUUAGUAUUACAUAAAACAUGUUAUGUGGAGCACCUCAUUAUGUGAUCGGGUUAAAAGUAAAUAAUCAAGUUCUCAGCAUUACUGGCGACAUUUCACUGCUGAUAAUGUCAACUUGCUGAAUUUUUGCUAAGAUUAUACUUUUUCUAAUGUUGAACGUGCUCAAUUUUGUUAGGGACAACAAUAAGUGUUAAUUGUAUUUCUAUAUGCAGUCGAUCUUGAUGAGCUUAUUUGACUUGUGCAAAACGAUAGUUUUGUUCCCGGAACGUAGAACGUAUAGAUUCAAUGUAUGUGCAACAGAUUAAAAAUAGUUAAACUAAAAAAUAGUAGAAAAACUUCGAUUCUCCAUUUUUUUUUCCCAUACACGUUUGAAUACCAAAAGGAACGAUGAGUGAUUCAUCAAACGCCAGAUGAUCCUCCUGUCUGCGCCUUAGUAAUCUUUGUCAUAGUUAAAGUUGUAAAUUUAAGUGUUCUGUUUAAAUGUUCAAUAAGCGUGAAUAAGAUCGGUUACACCACUUUCUCGAGUUGAAACUUGUCCGUCCAGUAACGUCACUAGUACUAAUGUCACACAGUCACAAUCGGCUGAGUCGUUUUUUUGCCACUUGACUGUGACGGCUAUUUUUAGAUUACUGGCAAUUCUACCGCUUUUCUAAGCGCCAAUCUGAUUGUGGAAGCGCCAAAUUUGGUACAAUAUUUGUUUGAAGCACCAGCUGUCAGCCUGAUCAUACGCAGACUAGCAUGGCUUUAAUUAAUUAUGGAUUAGAUAAAAGAAAAACGGUGUCACGCUGCACGAUUUGGGUCCAUCCAUUAAUUUGCUAGUGUGGAACAGACUUUACAUGGGUUUCGUAUUUGGGUCCUGACAGUGUCGGUAGUUAAUUUCGUCUUGUCCGCUAAUAACUGUGUCUGUGUAUGUUUGCAGGUGUGACGGUACAAGUAUUUGCACUGUUCGUCAUCCUGAUGACGACGUACGGCCGCUUCUACUAGGGCUUAAGACAGACAGAUACGGUAUUCGGUGAAUUAAGUUGAGCUGAAUUCAGGAGAAUGACUCUCGCAAACCAAAUUAACAAAUAGAACCCGAAACCGUUGAUUACUGCAGGGAUAGGGCAAUGUCUGUCGCCUUCUCCUGGAACCAAAAUAGAAUUGAAUAGUAUAGAACAGGACAACAGAAAACACAACAGUAACAACGGUGAAGACUAAUUGAAAUACGUAAUUCAUAAACAGGGCGUUCGACAUCGUCAUUUAUAAUUACGUUGGACGAGAAAUAUUUCUAUCGUGUUGGUUUAUACGCCGAUUAAGUAUGUUCCGGCGUUGCGCUCAAAAGCUGUGGAGAAACAAGAAAAAAUGAAACUUACAACACGGCUCUAUCCUUCGAAUCGUAUUUCAGAGUCCAGUUUUCCGGAGUCGACAUAUAUUCUGGUUGGUUUUGACUUACGGAAGACGUAUUGUCAGUUUGUCGUGUACUUUUGAAUUCCAAUUAUGAUGAGGAUGAUGACGACGACGACGACGACGACGACUGAUAGAAUACUGUGAACCAAUGAUAAUGUGACGACAACAGAAAAAAAAACCUCCUAACUACAUCAUCACAGGACACCCCACGAUAUCUAAGGAUAAAUAAACAGCAUAACGGUCCAGAUGCCUCAGUCAUAAAUAGAACCCCCUCUUCCAAUAAACAACGGUAAUAUGAUACAGAUGGCCUACAAAAAUAUAAGCGAAAUACAUGAAAAUAUAGAAAGACGUCUCCGUGUAAUGAAGUAAUAAUGAUAAUAAAUAAAAUCGUGAAAAAUCAAAUGAAACAUAGAGGUAAAACUUUUCCGAUAACAAUGAAGAGACUCACGACGAGUAGGACGAAGAUAAAGUCGAUACGGACCCCGAUCACAACACCCGUUGUACAUACAAGAUCAUACACACCCGUCGUACAUAAACAGUAAUACUGAUGAUAAGUAUGAAUAAAUGAAUAAACAGUAAACAAGAAAAAUGAUGAUACAGCCAAAGUUUAAUAUAAAAUUAUGUUA